AUGGCCUAUGACCGCUAUGUGGCCAUCUGUAAGCCACUUUACUAUCCUAUAAUCAUGAAUCAGAGGAUAUGUGUCCAGAUGGUUUUUGGCUCCUGGGUCAUUGGGAUGCCAGUCUUGAUAGGACAGACGUACCAGGUUUUCUCUGGUCCCUUCUGUGGUUCUAACAAACUCAAUCACAUUUUCUGUGACAUGCCUCCAUUACUGAACUUGUCAUGUGGAGAUACCUCUGGGGAUGAAGUCUUUCUUUAUGUUGAUUGUUUCUUAUUUGGUUUGAGUACUUUUCUGAUGAUACUCAUGUCUUACAUCAAAAUCCUCAGCACUAUUCUGAAACUCCCAUCAACCACUGGCAGAUCCAAAGCCUUCUCUACUUGUUCCUCUCAUGUUAUAGUUGUAUGCUUAUUCUAUGGUUCUGGUUUAAUUGCAUAUUUUCAAUCCGUGUCCAGUUAUUCAGGCAGCAUAGAUAAGUUCUUCUCUGUGUUCUACACCAUUGUGACACCAAUGAUUAAUCCUAUGAUUUAUAGUCUGAGGAAUAAGGAUUUUAUUGCAGCAAUGAAAAAAUUAUUUUCUAAAUGGAAAGGAGAAAGAUUAACAAAAUUUCUUAAAUAG